UUGCCCCGUCCACUCGUUCGUCUCCCGUCUUCCUCCUCCCGACAGCGAGGCAGCAACCCAAGCCCGAACCCACCACCUCCUCCCAUUUCCGCCAUACCCCCAGAACCUCCUCUCAGGCUCUCUCACCCAAUCCAGAGCCACACCGAGCCCUAAUCCAAUCCCCACGCUCUCCCAUCCGCGUGCGCACCGCCAUGGGAUGAGCCGCCGCGGGCGUGGGAGCCCAGAUCCGGAGCUAGGGUUUGCGGCCGCGCGCGCCAUGGAGUGGGACAGCGAGUCGGACGGCGCCGCCAGCGUAGGCAGUGGGGAUAUGGAGGAAGAAGAGGAGGAGGGAGGAGGAGAGAUGGUGGUUGAGGGAGCUGAUGGGAGCGAGGGCGGUGGAGGAGGAGGAGGAGGAGGCGACGGGGUCGGCGGGAUGUUCACGUUCGCGAUGGAAGGGGUGCUUCGGGGGUCCGGCCCGUACGGACUGGUGGUCACGGACGCGCUCGAGCCCGACUGCCCCAUCAUCUACGUCAACCGCGGCUUCGAGGAGGCCACGGGGUAUCGCGCCGAGGAGGUGCUCGGCAGGAACUGCCGGUUCUUGCAAUGUAGAGGCCCGUUUGCUCAAAGGAGGCACCCCCUAGUUGAUGCCGCGGUAGUUUCUGGGAUUCAAAGAUGCAUAGACAAUGGUACCCAGUUCCGCGGCGAUUUGUUAAAUUUCAGAAAAGAUGGCUUUCCGUUGAUGAACAGGUUGCACCUUACCCCUAUAUAUGGAGAUGACGAUAUCAUAACUCAUUAUAUGGGCAUUCAGUUCUUCACCAAUGCCAAUGUUGAUUUGGGACCAUUGCCUGGCUCAAUUACAAGGGAACCUGUGAGAUCCACACGGUUUGCUCCGGACAACUCUUUCCGACCCAUAUCCACGGGGCCAGGGGAGAGCAAUUUCUGCCGUGAGUAUUCCAGUCUCUUCCUGUUGACUGAUGAAGUACUUUGCCAGAGUAUAUUGUCAAGGUUGUCACCAAGAGAUAUAGCAUCUGUUAGUUCUGUCUGUAGACGGUUGUAUGACUUAACAAAAAAUGAAGAUCUUUGGAGAAUGGUUUGCCGUAAUGCAUGGGGUAGUGAGACUACUCGAGCUCUUGAGACUGUGCCUGCUGCAAAAAGAUUGGGCUGGGGUCGACUGGCAAGAGAACUAACCACCCUGGAAGCUGUUGCCUGGAGGAAAUUGACAGUUGGCGGUGCAGUGGAGCCAUCCCGAUGCAACUUCAGUGCUUGUGCUGUAGGGAAUCGUGUUGUUCUGUUUGGCGGGGAAGGUGUUAACAUGCAACCAAUGAAUGAUACAUUUGUGUUGGAUCUGAAUGCUAGCAAUCCAGAGUGGAGGCAUAUCAAUGUAAGUGCCGCUCCUCCGGGCCGCUGGGGCCAUACACUAUCGUGCCUAAAUGGAUCUUGGUUAGUUGUCUUUGGUGGAUGUGGAAGGCAGGGUCUGCUUAAUGAUGUAUUCAUACUGGAUUUGGAUGCAAAACACCCAACUUGGCGCGAGAUUCCUGGUGUUGCACCGCCAGUUCCACGUUCAUGGCACAGCUCCUGCACUUUGGAUGGGACGAAGUUGGUGGUUUCUGGUGGCUGCGCGGACUCGGGUGUACUACUCAGUGAUACAUAUCUUCUUGACGUAAGCAUGGAUAGACCUGUAUGGAGGGAAGUACCUGCAUCUUGGGCACCACCUUCUAGAUUGGGCCACUCGAUGUCUGUCUAUGAUGGCAGGAAAAUCCUGAUGUUUGGUGGGCUUGCUAAGAGUGGUCCACUGCGACUCAGGUCUAGUGAUGUGUUCACAAUGGACUUAAGUGAAGAUGAGCCCUGCUGGCGGUGCCUCACCGGGAGUGGAAUGCCUGGUGCAGGAAAUCCAGCCGGAGCUGGCCCACCUCCUCGUCUUGAUCAUGUUGCUGUCAGCUUGCCAGGGGGCAGGGUUUUAAUAUUUGGUGGAUCAGUGGCAGGUCUUCACUCAGCGUCGCAGCUGUAUCUCUUGGAUCCAACUGAAGAAAAACCUACCUGGAGGAUACUUAACGUUCCUGGACGGCCUCCACGGUUUGCCUGGGGCCACAGCACCUGCGUUGUUGGAGGAACAAAAGCAAUAGUGCUUGGAGGACAAACUGGAGAAGAGUGGAUGCUAACUGAAGUACAUGAGCUCUCUCUUGCCAGCAACUCAGUUUGAGGUCCAAAACGUUCUUCCCGGGCAAGCAUCCUCGUUAACAAAUGCAGACAUUUCAUGUGGCCUUAAAAGCCACCAGUUUGAGGUCCAAAGGUUCUUCACCACCAGGCCUGAAACACAAAAUGAGCACACCAGAUCUUUUGGGGUGAAGUUGCUUGUAUUUGCUUGGAAGAGAUGAUUGGUCUCAAGUCAAUGAAACCUGUAGCCUAUUUGGAUUGCUGGCUCUGUGUAGCUUAUGGGUAGUAGUGAUAUGAUAUGCUUUUUAUUUAUUGCUGUUUGUUUAGUCUUUUACCAUAAAAAUAUAAUUCAUAAGCUACUCUUGUGGAAUUAUGAGUACCAGUGUCAUGUAUUCUCAGACAAUUCUGACAUACAAUUAUGUUAGGGAAACAAAGGACUGAGCUGUAUAGAUGAAUCUUCUGUUUGUACUAUGCUAGUAUGCUUGGACAUCUUGAUACGGCCUCUAUAGGAAUUGGUGCACUGUGAAUCUGUGAUAGUGAUGAGAUAGGUGGGAAUUUUUGUAAGGCAUGUAAUGUAACAGGCUGUAGCAAGUUCCUCUCGGGUGAGCUUAGUUCUGUGUGUGCCAACCUUUUCCAUUUUCAUUUUCCGUGUGUACAGAUUUUUUUUGUGUAACAAUACUGAACUGUCUGCUUUAGAUCA